GUAGCCGGAAUUCCACUAAGAGGCACUGCUAACCCGGAAGUACUUCCUUUCACGUGUAGCAGUCUACAACCUUGAAAAACUACAAAACAGAGUUGAUAGAAUCUUAUGUGUCCGAACGUACCGUUACAGUGAUGCCAGUGACAAGAUUGUUAUACCCUCUCUACCAGUUGGGGAACCCCCAGCUAAGGAUCUUCAGACCCAACUGGUUUCUGACUCUGGUGAGGCCGGGAAAAGAGCAACCUCCUGACACUGUCCAGUUUCGUGUCCCAAUGGAAAUGACCAAAUAUGAUGUAAAGAACUACUUAGAGAAGAUCUACAACGUCCCUGUUGGAGUGAUCCGCACCAGGAUACAAUUUGGGUCCAACAAGAAGAGGAAUCACCUCAACCAGAAGGUUAAGCAGCCAGAUUAUAAAGUGGCCUACGUUCAGCUGGCACAAGGCCAGACAUUCAGCUUCCCUGACAUCUUCCCGGAAAAGGACCGUACGCUGGCGGAGGGCUCAAUGGAAGAGAUGCAGGAGAAGUUCAUGGAGGACGAGAAGCAGAGGCAGAAACUUGACCCCAGGAGAGGAGGGGUCACCGAGUGGUUUGGACUCUGAAGUUAUUGAUUUGAAAUGCGACCCCCAUGAUGUCACUUUUUUUUCUCUGCUGAAACACGAGCGUGUAGUGAAAAAGAGCGUGUGUGGGAUAUGGCAGACAUGUGUUCAGGGUGUUUGUGAGGCUGGAGUCCAGGAACCGAAGACAGAAAACAAUUGGAGGAGGAGGAGAGCGGCAAGUUUUCGUCUUUAAUGAAACCAGCCCACCACACACAUUGUCUAUGACCUCAGAUAACCUCUGUUUAUCCCUCUCAUCUGUCACCCUUGUUGUACCUCAUGUCUUUAUGUUUCUGCGAGAUACUUGAUCCCAUGCCCAACACCAGAAGGCAGCAUAUAUUCUCCGAGCUGGUUGGAUCCAGCUGCCUGGACAGCUACAUCAUUUCCUCUUCCAUGAGUUUGUCUUGUAUUAGUUAUUCAGAUUUGGUAAACAAAAGAUGGGAUGUUAUUUUAGAAAGCAGAUACGUGCAGUUUGCAGUGGCAUCAUUAUAUUUUCUGGUAGCAGCCAUUGUCAUAACCAUGAAUAAAGUCUGUACCCAAUGUUUGUGUGCCCUUUGUGUUUAAAUGUUAAAGUUGUUUUAAUAAGAACUAUUAAACGGUCACCAUUCCAAAAGUA